UUAGUCAUUUUGUUGUUACGCUUCCACGAUCGUCGAAUGUUUUGUGAUAAUUAAUUGGUUUUCUUUGAAAUUUCUAAAAAAAAUCUUUUCGAUGUUCAGUAAAGAUUAUGUGAUUGGUUUCGUACAUUAAAUUGGUAUCGAUAAUAACAAUCAAUAAAUUUAUGGGAACAUUUUGUCCGGAAGUAGUUAAAAAUUCAAAUUUUCUAUUUUCACCUUCAAAGGUGACUCCAAGUGUCAAAAGUGUCGUGUUCCAUAAAGUGCACGUGCAAUGUAUAAAACUAUUGUUUUCUUGUUGAUACUUUUCUCGGUCGGCAUCAUCGGUAUAGCGAUAAAUGCCAACGAAUAUUUGUCGGAAGAAAAUUUUCUUCCUUGUCCGAAUCCUCAAGAUUUUCAUUGUUCAACUGGAAGCGUAUGUAUUAAGUCCGAAUUACAAUGUGAUGGAAAAAAAGACUGUCCGGAUGGUAGCGACGAAUUCGAAGCUGAAUGCGAUUUCAAAUUGUGUAAACCGCCAAAAUAUUACACGUGCAAAGACAAUGAGACCUGCAUCGUCCAGAACUUUCGAUGCGAUGGCCAUAACGAUUGUCCGUCAAAUGACGACGAAGAUAAUUGUAGCGAUUAUGUCCCACAUCAUGAGAUAAUUGAAUGCAAUGCGAACGAAUUCACUUGCUUGCGGGAUAACAUGUGCAUUCCCAUGGAAUUUGUAUGCGAUGGUAUUCAUCAUUGUGUGGAUAGUAGUGAUGAGAAUAUGGGAUGUUUAAAUAUUAAAAAGAGUUGCAAAGGAUUCUUAUGCAAAAAUAAUCAUUGUCUGAACGAUAAAACUUGGGUAUGUGACGGCACAAACGAUUGUGGUGAUGGCAGCGAUGAAACGAAUUGCAUGUCCGAUUGCACAUCCGGCAAUAAAAAGUUUUUGUGCGGCGACAGUGUAACGUGUAUAGCGAUCGAAAAUGUCUGUGACAACCGAAAAGACUGCAAAGAUGGAUUGGAUGAAGGUGGAAUAUGCAAUAAAUUCCAAAACAAUACGGCUUGCGAAUUGAAUUAUUGUCCGUCUAAUGCUGAGUGCUUCAUUUGGCCGACUGGACCGGUGUGUGUUUGUCCACAAGGAUUUUCAUACAAUCCACAGAAAAAGACGUGCGAGGACAUCGACGAAUGUCAAACAUACGGUAUCUGUUCGCAAGGAUGUGUCAACUCGCCCGGAUCAUACAAAUGUACAUGCGAGAAACGAUUUCGGCUCAAAGGCGAUAAAAAAACAUGCGAAAGCAUCAGUCACACCGAACCGAUACUCUUAUAUGCUGGAAAGACGUCCAUCAACAUGGUGUAUCUAAGGUCGAAUCAUCAGUCCGUUGUUACCGAAAAAGUUCGACAGGUCAUCGGUGUGAGCUACGAUGGUCAUUUCGUUUAUUGGACCAAUGUCGCAUUGAAUAGUGAGAGUAUAGUGAAGGCACGGGAGGAUGGAAGUAAAGUGGAGACAUUGUUAACAACCGGUCUAUCAUUACCUGAAGACAUAGCUGUUGAUUGGAUCACCGGAAAUCUCUAUUUUUCCGAUGCCAUGUACAUGCAUAUCGCUGUUUGCUCGAACGAUGGCAAACACUGCACAAGUUUGAUCACUGAUAAGGUUGAAAGACCUCGCAGCAUUGCAUUAUAUCCGCAAGAGGGUCGCAUGUAUUGGUCAGAAUGGGGUACCGAACCAAUGAUUGCUGUAUCUCAUAUGGAUGGCUCUUUUGCGGCUCCAUUCAUACGCGACAACAUUCACUGGCCGAGUGGAGUGACGUUGGACUGGCCAAACAAUCGCCUGUACUGGGUGGAUGCUAAAGUUAAGAAAAUCGAAAGCUGCAAUCUGGAUGGCACUGGAAGGCGAACCGUCAUCGAUCAAGUUUUGAAACAUCCGUAUGGUUUGGCCGUGUUUGAAAACAACAUUUAUUGGUCCGAUUGGAGUGCAAUGAGUAUCGAAACGUGCAAUAAAUUUUCGUGCAAAGACAAAAAAGUAAUUGUCAGAGAUCGCAAAGUUUACGAUAUUCACAUCUACCACAACAGCAUUCAACCGAUAACCAAGAAUCCUUGCAAAAAUAAUCAAUGUAGUCACCUCUGCAUGCUGGCAUCGAACUCAACAUUCACGUGUGGCUGUCCUACCGGUAUGGCUCUAGACGUUGACCAAAUAUCGUGCUCUGCUACUAUCAAAAAGGAGAGCAUCUAUAUCGGUUUGCGUAACUAUCUCAUUAUGAUGGAACACGAAACGUUCGGUCGCCAUCAGAUCGAAAAAGCGAAGGUCGUCCCGAUGUACAUCCACAAAAUGGCAUUUAAUCUGCUCAAUGGUCAUGUGUUCAUUGCCGAUAAUAUUGCGCGAAUCAUUUACGAUUAUGACUUGGUCGAGGAAAAGGCAAUCGAGUUGAUUUCGACCAAUGUCGGCAUUGUUACGUCGAUGUCUUUCGAUCAUCUGUCGAACAAUUUGUACUGGGCCGAUUCGGAGCAUGGAACAGUGGAAGUUUAUUCGAUGAACAGAAAGCAUCGGGCCAUAGUGCACCAUUAUUUUCCGGCUAAGCCAAUUGGCAUUGCUGUUGUUCCGGAAAAUGGUCACAUGUUUGUUGCGUCCAGGACGUAUUACGGCCAUACACACAUUGACAUACAAUCAUUGCAUGGGGGUGGUGACCAUCAUCACAUUAUUGAAUCUCAACUAGGCGAUAAGCUUAUCGAAUUCGCUAUUGAUCGACAAGUAAACGAAGUUUAUUUUUGUGAUUCGGAAAUGCAUCAAAUUAGCUGGACCGACUACACAGGUGAAUCGUUGCACGUAUUCAAAUCAGUGCCCGCCGAGCCCAUAUCCCUUGCUGUACUUAGCGAAGAUGUGUUUUGGACGAGUAACAAAUCACAUGACGUUUUUUGGACACCGAAACACAGUCCUGACACCACGAAACAAUUGGUUUUACCGCAUCACGAUUACGUCACCAACGAUGACCGUCCAGUUCUCGUCGGUGUAAUGCCCACCGUGGUCAGCAGCCAUCCGUGUACGAUUAAUAACGGCGGUUGUAGUCACAUUUGUGCAACAUAUGAUUCCAAGCAACAUGUUUGUCUAUGUCCACCCGGAAUGGUUUUUUCAGACUAUCGAAACAACACAUGCAUGGAAGCGAUUGACUGUGAAUUUAGAUGCGGUUCAGGUGAAUGCAUUACAGCUUCUAGACAAUGCAACAAUUUUAAAGACUGUGCUGACGGAUCGGAUGAGCGUGACUGUGCCUCACAUAAAAAUCUGGAAGUAAAAUGCUAUCGCGACGAAUUCAAAUGCAUUGACGGUAAACAGUGCGUGGCAAUCGAACUACGCUGCGACAAAAUCAACGAUUGUACCGAUAAGUCCGAUGAGAGAGAUUGCGUUGGAUACAAUACGACAACAAAAUGCCAUGAAAAUCAAUUCCGAUGUACCGAUGGGCUGUGUAUAGAUCUAACAGCUGUCUGUGACCGCACAAAUGACUGUGAAGAUGGUUUGGACGAGUUGAAAUGUCACGAUAAGAAGGCAAUGAAGAGUGUUUGCAAGUCGAACAUGUUUACCUGUGCUAAUGGUCAAUGCAUACCAGCAACGUGGGUGUGUGACGAGUACCCCGACUGUCGUGAUGGAUCGGAUGAACACCAUUGCCCCGAAAAAGUUUGUCCGGAAGGCUUUCUACAAUGUAAACAUGGUCGAUGCGUUCAUUUGGAUCUCGUUUGCGACGGUUUCAACAAUUGCGGCGAUGAUACGGACGAAUUGAACUGUACCAACGUACCAGCACCUGCAACGUGCGAAAAGUUUGAUUCCAACAAUGAGCCACUGCAAUUCCAAUGCAUGUCCGACAAAACCAUUUGUCUGAACAUAACAGCUCGAUGUAACGGAACAGCUGAAUGUCCACGCGGUGAAGAUGAGGCUAAUUGUACCGGAUGUCGGAUCAACGAAUUUGAAUGUGCGAACAAGAAGUGUAUUCGACAGGAAUGGCGAUGUGACAAGGAAAACGAUUGUGGUGAUAGAAGUGAUGAAAUUGGAUGUGUCAAUGAGCUUGUCGUCACUAACAAAACGAAUAUCGGUUGUGGACCAGGCAUGUUCAGUUGCAGAGAUGGAAAUUGUAUUUACAUAGAGCUCGUGUGCAAUGGUCAGAAUGAUUGUCCGAACAGAAUGGAUGAAUCGAGUGCUUGUAAUACUUCGUGCUUGAACCAUCCAUGUCAACAAAUGUGCCAUCCGUCCCCAUUCGGUGCAGUUUGUUCGUGUAAGGAAGGUUUCAAGUUGGGUGGAGACGGAAGGAGUUGUUUCGAUAUCGACGAGUGCAAACUUUACGAACCGUGCGCUCAGAAGUGUGAAAACACACUAGGAUCUUACCGUUGCAGUUGCUACGCCGGUUACAUGUUGAAAGCGGAUAAAGUGUCCUGUAAAUCAGUCAGUGGACACGCACACAUAAUUUACAGUUCAAUGAAUCUCAUCUACGAUAUCAAUAUUGCAUCGCUCGGAGUUUUAUGGUCAUCAAAUGGUUCGAGAAUCGCUGGAAUGGAUGUAAAUAUGCGAAAAAAUUUGCUAUACUUCACGGUCGAGGACAGCAAUGCACUGUACGAGAUGAAUUUGGAUAAUAAGAAAGUCGUAUACGUUACAAACAUCGGUAACCCGCAUCACAUUGCCGUUGAAUGGGUGACUGAUAACGUGUACUUCUUCGAUCAGGACACGAAUCCAUCAAUCAAAGUCUGCCACAUGGACAGACAAGUGUGCACCCGAAUCAUUACAUUGAAAUAUCGUGAUGUGGUCAAAUCGCUCGUCGUUGACAGUACAAACGACAAAAUAUUUUACUCGAUUGUGCAUCCGUUAUACAGCUCCGCCGAUUCGUUCAUCUAUUCGCACAGUUUAGACGGUAGUCGAGAAAAAGUUAUAGUGAAAGGAUCCGGUCACAUCAGCGGACUAACCAACGAUGUUAACAAACAAAUUUUGUAUUACGCCGAUUUGUCCACCAGUUCCUUAUGGUCGGUGAGAUAUGACGGCACUGAUCGAAAAGAAAUACUUAAGAAAAAUCCAUUCAUCACCCGACCAUCCGAUAUGAGCUUUUACGAAGAUCAUCUGAUGAUUUUGAAUACCGGCACGAAAAUGGUCGCUGUCUGUCGGACGUACGGUGAUAGAAAGUGCAGCUCAUUCGAGUUCAGUUCGUACAAUUCUGAAAAUUUGGUCGUCGCACAAGAGUCUCGACAACUAGAAAGACCAAAUAAUUGCCUCGGCACCAACUGUAGUUUGAUCUGCGUUCCAGCCGAAUUAGGACCGAAGUGUAUAUGCCAUGGUGGUGUACCGGAAGUGGAUGGUCGUUGUAAUGAAAUGUCCAACGACGUAGCCAUCUCUCCACGGUUCAACACACUAACCAGCACAAGCACCAAAACCAAGACGAGUUCGAAUCACCCGUUGCUCGCCACUAUAUUUUCCGUUCUCGGCAUUCUGGUUGGAUCCGCAAUCGUUUCAAUGAGUGUCUUCUAUGUGUAUCAGAAGUAUUUCCAUCUCCAUAAAAAAUUCAACAUUAGCAUGCAUUUCGAGAAUCCUGCAUCUGCCAACAUCGAUAAUGCACAAGUGAAAAUGUGCCGACCACCACCGCCGCAAUUAACUACAACUUCGAGUAAUUAUUACAACGAAAUUUAUGUCAACAAUCAGGAACCAAUCGGUCCAAUCGUUGAAGAAUAUGACGUCAAUUUGACAACGGACAGUGAUACGGCACAAUUGAUUUACUAAAUUUAGA